GGGUGCGAGUGGGGGAGGGAAUUUGAUACGAUUCGGCCAAAUUAAGGGUAAAAAUGAUCCAUUUCUGCAAAUGUGGACUUUUUGAUAUUGUAUGACAAGUUGAGGGGGUGAAAUGAUGCUUUGUUCAAAGAGUAUCAGAAUCAGACUCUACUAAGCGACGUCGUUCAUUUUAGUUUGAGACGGAAACGGUGUCGUUUUAAGAAGAGCAGGGUGAGAUGCUAGUUUACUAACAAACCGUCCAUUUUCCCUCCAAAUGUCUCAAAUAAACAAGAAAUCCAAUUCUGGGUUGUUAUUUCUUCCAAGAAAUCUAAAUAACAUCCUCUGAUUCUUUCAAGGAUUACAUAUUAAAAAAAAAAAAAAAAAAUCAAAUCUUGGGUUCUUUAUUUCAAGAAAUCUCUUCUAAAACCCUAAUUCAUUAAAGAUUAUCUAUACCCAUUAACCAAGCUUUAAUCUUUUCCAUCCUCAUGCAAUGCAAUUUCUUAAUUCAUCAUUCUUUUGGGUUCAGAUCUUUGUCUUCUUUAACAUCAGUUACUAUUUACUCGCAAACCCUACUUUGACAUCAAACAACGUAACUCUUUACGAAGAUGCACAUUUUAGAAACAACGCCAUUAGUCUCACUCAAGAACACGGCUGCUCACCUCCUCCGCCGUCUUCUUCUUCUUCUCCUACUACAACUUUCUUAUUCUCUGAUCCUUCUACAUAUUCUGGCGUUGGCAGAGCUUUUUAUCUAUACCCAAUUAGGUUUCUUGAUUCAACCACAAGUCUACCCGCUUCUUUUUCUUGCAAAUUCUCAUUCUCCAUCAUCAAAUCCCCGCUUUGUUCUUUUGGUGAUGGUUUGGCUUUCUUGAUCACUUCCAAUGCUCAGUCAUUUAGUCUCUCUAAUGGCUAUAUGGGCCUUCCCGGACCGGCUUUAAACCCUCAAGAUUCUUUCAUUGCUGUUGAAUUUGAUACGAAUUAUGACCCUUUUCUGUCUGAUGUGAGUGGUGAUCAUAUUGGUAUUGAUGUUAAUACGGUUGCUUCUUUUGCUUCUGUUGAUGCCUUGUCUAAUGGGAUUGAUCUUAGAAGUGAGAAGCAAAUGUUUGCUUGGAUUGAGUAUAUGGAUAAUGUUAAGUUGAUUCAGAUUUGGGUUAGUUAUUUUCCAACUAGGCCUUUACAUCCUAUUCUUGAAGCUAGGGUUGAUUUAUCUGAGAAUUUUAAAGAGUUUAUGCAUAUUGGUUUUACUGCCUCUAAUGGGCAAGGCUCUGCUGUUCAUCUUAUUGAUCAUUGGAGAUUUCGAACUUAUUGGUCUUCUCCUUCUGGUAAUAAUGUUGAAGCAACUCAAGAAGGGGAUUGUUUUAUGUGUUAUUUUCAGGAUCCAAAUGAUGAUGGUAACCCUAUUAAGCUUGCUGCCAGGAAAAAUAAAAUGAAGGAGAUAGCUUUGGGUUUAGGAGGUUUAGCUGCAUUUAUACUAUCCAUUGCUUUAAUAAUGGCUAUCAUCUUUUUCUUUGUGAUAAAAAAGGAAAAUGGAUGUGGCUUGAGAUAUAAAGAAGGCCAGUUUUUGAGACAUAAAGGAGGACCAACUAGAUUCUCAAUCUUUGAGAUUAAGGCGGCUACAAUGGGAUUUCAUAAAAACAGAAUUAUUGGCACAGGAGCUUCGGCUGUAGUUUAUAAAGGGUCUCUUCCUAAUACAGGAACAGUGGCAGUUAAAAGGUUUAAGAAUGCAGAGAUCGAAUGUUGUCGAAAUCCAUUCAUAACCGAGUUUGCAACAAUCGUAGGUUGUUUGAAGCAUAACAACUUGGUUCAGCUUCAAGGAUGGUGCUGUGAAGAAGGAGAAUUAGUCUUGGUUUAUGAGUAUUUGUCUAAUGGUAGCCUUGCCAAAUUUCUUCACAGUAAUAACAGCAGCUCUGCUUAUUUCCUGUCAUGGAAACAAAGGAUGAAUGUAGUUGUUGGAGUUGCGUCUGCUCUUUCGUAUCUACACGAAGAAUGCAAUCGACAGAUAAUUCAUAGAGAUGUCAAGACUUGUAAUAUAAUGCUUGAUGAAGAAUUCAAUGCUAAACUUGGAGAUUUUGGUUUAGCAGAAAUUUAUGAACAUAAUUCUUUAGCAAGAGAAGCUACUAUACCAGCAGGAACAAUGGGCUAUCUAGCUCCUGAAUAUGUUUAUUCUGGCAUACCAUCUGUGAAAACUGAUGUUUAUAGCUUUGGUGUAGUGGUGCUAGAACUUGGCACAGGCAAAAUGGCUGUGGAUGAUGAUGGAACCGUGCUCGGCGAUUGGGUUUGGGGGUUUUGGGAGCAAGGGAAGCUGAUUGAAGCUGGUGAUUCCAAGCUAAAAGGGAAGUUUAGUAAAGCAGAGAUGCAAAGAAUGCUGCUGGUGGGACUUUGCUGUGUGCAUCCAAAUCAUGUGGAGAGACCUACAGUUAAGGAGGCUAUUAAGAUACUUAAAGGUGAAGCACCACUUCCUGUUCUGCCAUCAAAAAAACCAAAAGUUGGGUUUCAGUAUAUUUUGCCUGAAGAUUCUGAUCCAAGGUUUGGUGGAGAUCAUAGUCCUGGUACUGAUGAUGUUUCUUGGAUGACACCCAGAAGUCAUUUUGGCUUUGAUUAACUCAGAAUUGCCAAUGUCUUCUAAUAUGUGUAGAAAUUUUGUGAUUUUCAUGAAGGAUUUUGGGUUUGUAAUAUAAUGAGGCAUAUUCUUGAUGCCUGGAAAAAGUUUGUAAUUGUUGUAAGAGCAAAGGUUUAUAUAUUUUGUAUUUUGU